AUAUGCGAUAUUUUUCCUUGUAACCGACUAUUUGCGGUCGAUUGAUUGGCCAGUAAUUGAGCAGGGAGAUUUCCAGUUCCGUGUUUGAAUGCCAUAGUAAAGAGCACUUCCAUUCAGCCAAGAAGCGCGGUUUUGUAAAAUAUUUGCGAAUAUGGCCUGUCCUUAUAGACGCAACGAUGGAGCUCUGGAUGGAGACCAACUGGGCGAAGAGGCCGGAAUGCUCUAUGGGGAGUACCUGAUGUUGGAUAAGAUCCUGGGCGCUCAAAGGCUGCUCAGUGAGAGCGACAACGCUCCAGUGCAUGAUGAGCAUCUAUUCAUUAUCACUCAUCAAGCUUACGAGUUGUGGUUCAAGCAGAUAAUCUUCGAGCUGGACUCCGUCCGGAACAUUUUCAGCGAAGUUUUGGAGGAAACGCAAACCUUGGAGAUCCUGAAACGGCUCAACCGAAUAGUCCUGAUCUUAAAGGUUUUGGUUGAUCAAGUGAUGAUCCUGGAAACAAUGACUCCGCUGGAUUUUAUGGACUUUCGCAACUACUUGCGACCCGCUUCCGGCUUUCAGAGCCUCCAGUUCCGUCUUCUGGAGAACAAAUUGGGCGUUAGGGCCGAUUUGCGCGUCAAGUACAACAACAACUACACGAAAGUGUUCGGCGGUGACGAGGAGGCGCUGCGUAAAAUCGAGCUAUCGGAGAGCCAGCCGUCUUUGGCCCUGUUGGUGGAACGUUGGCUGGAACGAACGCCUGGAUUGGAAGCGACCGGCUUUAACUUCUGGGGAAAGUACGAGAAAUCCGUCAACGAUUUGCUAGAGGAGCAGAAACAGAUUGCUUUGAAGUUAAACGUUCAGUGCCCAUUCGUGUUAACUAAGCUGCGUUUCCAGAGUGAGCCUGUGGAGGCUGUAAAACAAUACCGACUGAACGAUUUGGAGAAACGUCGCGAGGUGUAUGAGUCGAUUUUUCGCUCCGAGAUCCAUGAGGCUCUGUUGAAUCGCGGCGAACGACGCUUUUCCCAUCAAGCUCUGCAAGGAGCCAUCCUCAUAACGUUCUACCGGGACGAGCCACGGUUCAGUCAGCCUCAUCAGAUUCUCAACCUGCUCAUGGACAUCGACUGUCUCAUUACGAAAUGGAGAUAAGUUUAUGAACUGCUAAAUUUGGAUCCUCAACUGAUUUUUAAGAAGCUGUUAAACUUGACCUGACUUUCACCAAUCCGCAUGGGUUGCAGUGCAGUUAAGCAAGCAACGAUAACCCCCAAACCAAUUGGAGUUGUUACUUAAAGUUUAAAGGAUUUGUAUAAAACUGGACAAAAUCUGAUUGAAUGAAAACCCCCAACUGAUUUUUGUAGAAGUUGUUGAAGUUGCGAAUGCCAAUCUUCCACUGAUUUUUCAAAAGCUUUUGAACUCCACGUGAAUUUCAAAAAACCGUAUAACUUAUACUGCAGUGUACUAAACAAUCAGAACGCUCAAAGCGCUAGGAGUAGCAACUUGAAGUUUCGGGACAAUAAAGACGAUUAUUUUGUGUAAAAUUGCACUAAACUUUAUUGAAUGGGGAUCUUUGGCUGAGGUUACAGAAGAUUUUAAACUUGGCGUUAAGUUUAGGAAACCCAAUGGCUUGUGGUGCAGUUAAACAAAAAAUUAUAACAUCCAAACCAGAUGGAGUGACAACUUUAGCUUUGGCACGAUGAACAAAAAAGAUUUGGCUUUAAAUCAAGUCAUAUUUUAUUGAAUGCCGAUUCUCCAUUGAUUUUUCAAAAGUAUUUGAACUGGGCGUUAAUUUAAAGUAACCGCAUAAUUUGUAUGUAGUGCAGUUAAACAAAAAGUGAUAGCUCUCAAAAGAGUUGGAGUAGCAACUUGGAGAUUUGACACAGUCAAGGAGAUCUAGAAUUCUAAAGUUUUGUAUAAUAUUCGAACGAAUGCCUUUGAAUUUCGACUCUCCACUGAUUUUUUCGCAGCUUUCGAACUUGACGUGAAUUUCAAGAAAACGCGUUGUUUAUAGUGCAGUCUAAUAAAAAAUCAUAACUUACAAACCAGGUGAAGUAGCAACUUGAAGCUUCGCCACUGUCAAACCGUUAAUAAAAUUAAAUUUUCGACACAAUAAAGCGAAUGGUUUUUCCUAAAUCCGAGUAGAAUUUGGUUGAAUACCAAUCUUCCAUUGAUUUUUCAAAAAUAACCGCUUAACUUGUAGUGCAUCUAUCCAAAAAAUCCAUCCAACUCCCAAACGAGUUCGACGAACAACUUGAUAUUUCAACAGGGUGAAGAUAUAGCUCCGGUCUAAGCCUGGACGAAAUAUCAUUAAAUUCCGAUAGUCCACUGAUUUUUCAUCAGCUUUUCAACUUGACGUUAAUUUAAAAAAACCGCGUAAUUUGUAGUGCAAUUAAACAAAAAAUUAUAACUUGCAACCUAGUUGAAAAGGGAACUUGCAAUUGUAGCAUCUACAAAAUAAAGGCUUUCUUGACAACUGGGAAAAAUUUAAUUAAAAACUGAACAUCGGCUGAUUUUUCGGAAGUUUUUGAACUUUGCGUUAGUUUAAAGAACCCGUAUAACUGGCAGUAGAGUUCAACAAAAACUAAUAAUUUCGUAACGAGUGCAAGUACAAUAGCAACUGGCAGAUUUGUGUCUUGACAGAGGAUGAAGAUUAGAUGCGAGUGUAUUUUCUUUGUGUAGAUAACCACGUGCUAAUGGUGCAGAGGAUGAUUGGUUCGUCCCAGCUGGGUACCGGCGGUUCUUCUGGAUAUCAGUAUUUGCGCUCCACUUU